UGCCUCUGCCGUCCCUGGAGCGCUCCCCGUCGCAGCGCGGCUAGUCGUCUAUCAGUUGGCUUCAGGUUGUGAGCUGUGGCGGAGGCUAGCCUGCGCCCCGGUCGCCUUCUCCGUCGCGGCGAUGUCUGAGGGCGAAACCAAGCAAGUAUCCGGCAAUAUCGGUUCCGACCAGAAACCCGAGGCUGCGUCUGCGGGAUCCGGCAUGACCUCCCUUUCGCCGCCGCUAGCGGCGGCAACUCAAGAGGAGGAGGAAGAGGAGGAAGAAGAGGACGAGUCCGAAGACGAGUCCGAAAUCUUGGAGGAAUCACCUUGCGGGCGUUGGCAGAAGAGGCGGGAAGAGGUUAAUCAACGCAAUGUUCCUGGAAUUGAUAGUGCCUAUUUGGCAAUGGAUACAGAAGAAGGUGUGGAGGUGGUUUGGAAUGAAGUCCAGUUCUCUGAACGCAAGAAUUUUAAGCUUCAAGAGGAAAAGGUCAGAGCUGUCUUUGACAACUUGAUCCAGUUGGAGCACCUGAACAUUGUGAAAUUCCAUAAAUACUGGGCAGAUGUGAAAGAAAAUAAAGCCAGGGUUAUCUUCAUUACGGAAUACAUGUCCUCUGGUAGCCUGAAGCAAUUUUUGAAGAAAACAAAGAAGAACCAUAAGACCAUGAAUGAAAAGGCCUGGAAGCGUUGGUGCACCCAAAUCCUUUCUGCCCUCAGUUACCUUCACUCCUGUGAUCCUCCAAUCAUUCAUGGAAACUUGACUUGUGAUACCAUCUUCAUCCAGCACAAUGGACUUAUUAAGAUUGGAUCAGGUGCUGCCAGAAGCAUUGCUUUGUUUGCGGUAUCAACUGAGAAAGUUGUGAAAAAAAUAGGGGUUGCCCCAGAUACCAUCAACAAUCAUGUGAAGACAUGUCGUGAGGAGCAGAAGAACCUGCAUUUCUUUGCUCCAGAGUAUGGCGAAGUUGCACAUGUGACUACAGCAGUGGACAUCUACUCCUUUGGAAUGUGUGCAUUAGAGAUGGCAGUGCUGGAGAUCCAGGGAAAUGGCGAGUCUUCCUAUGUGCCACAAGAAGCUAUUAACAAUGCCAUCCAGUUGCUAGAGGAUCCAUUACAACGAGAGUUUAUUCAGAAGUGCCUGGAGCCACAACCUAGCAAACGGCCCACAGCUCGUGAGCUUCUCUUCCAUCAGGCUUUGUUUGAAGUACCUUCUCUGAAACUUUUGGCAGCCCAUUGCAUUGUGGGUCAUCAGCACAUGAUCCCAGAGAAUGCACUUGAAGAGAUGACCAAGAACUUGGACAUGAGUGCUGUACUGGCUGAAAUCAACCAUGCUGACCGCGAUGGUGUCCGUAUGAUAUUCUCACAGUCCCCAGCGCUGGAACUAGACAAAUUCUUGGAAGAUGUGAGAAAUGGAAUUUAUCCACUUACUGCCUUUGGGCUGCCCCGACCUCAGCAGCCCCAGCAGGAGGUGGUGAAAUCUCCCAUUGCCCCCCCAUCAGUAAAGACUCCAACACCAGAGCCAGCAGAAGUGGAGACCCGCAAAGUGCUGUUGAUGCAGUGCAACAUUGAAUCAGUGGAGGAGGGCGUGAAGCACCAUUUGACACUGCUGCUGAAACUAGAAGACAAAUUGAAUCGGCACUUGAGCUGUGACCUGCUGCCCAGUGACAAUAUUCAGGAACUGGCAGCUGAAUUGGUUCAGUUAGGAUUCAUCAGUGAGGCUGAUCAAAGCCGGCUUAGCUGUUUACUUGAAGAGGCAUUCAACAAGUUCUUCUAUUCGCGGAAUGGGGCACUGGCAGCUGUCACCGUGUCAUCAUAAUGGCCAUCUUGCUGCUAGCAGGUGUACCUGCUCUGCAUCUGUGUAGGGUACUACUCUAAGCCGCUGCCACCACCGUUGCCAGCUUGGAUGUGCCUCCCGCAUGUGUUAUAGCCAGGUCCUGCAGACAAUCGUUGCCAGUCUUAAAGGCAGGGGGGCAAGGGUGGUGGGGGGAGGGCUGUGUGCCUUGUCAGUAUUAUUUUCCCUGUGGCCAAUGGCCUUCCUUUCCUCUCUCUCUUUUGGGGCUCACAUGCAUGGAGUUUUCUUUUGCUUGAAUUGUACAGAGGUUUUUUUUGCACAGCACAGAAAUCUGUCUUGUUAUUUAAAAGGGUGGGAGGGAUGGAGAAGUUAAGUUCUACCCCGUUCCAUGCUGGCCCUCCACAUUACACAUGCACUCUCUAGCCCCAUAGUCAUUGCCUUACCCCCUCCAAAUGGACUCUUCUCCUUCCCACAGUUGCUUCAUGCACCAGCCUUGCUUCCAGUAUCCUUGGCUGCAUCUAUUGUGUGGUGUGAGGGUUCCCUCUGGUCAAUAGAGGUAGUAGAUAGGAAGUUCCAGUUCAGAUAGCAGGUGGCAAAUGUGAAACCAUCUUUUCCUUUAGGAUAUUAUCUAAUGCCUGCAGGCUUGGGGCCAGUUUAUCAGAGAAAUUCAACUCUUCCUGUGCUGGAGCUGUUCCAAGUGUCAUUUCUGUUCCUAUUUUUAAUAAAUUGUUUUGUAAA